UGUUGAUGGGGGAUCAUACAAGGACCUUCACAGUAGUGAGGGGAACUAGAGGAUACAUGGCCCCAGAAUGGCAUAAGAACAUUCCAAUAUCAGCGAAGGCUGACGUUUACAGUUAUGGAAUUGUGCUAUUGGAAACUGUGUUUUGCAGACGAAACUUGGACACCACUGUAUCAAACCCAGAGGAGAUCAUUCUGUCGAUUUUGGUGUAUAAAUGUCUGGUUGAAAAAAAGUUGGAUAAGCUUGUGCUUGGUGAAGAAGUAGAUAAGAAAAGCUUGGAAAGAAUGGUGAUGGUGGCACUUUGGUGUAUCCAAGAUGAACCAGCACUUCGUCCUUCCAUCAAGACUGUAGUGAUGAUGCUGGAAGGCAUUACUGAUAUAUGCAUUCCCCCAUGUCCAACUGCUUCCUCCAUAUAAUUCAAGUCACGACCUAACAAUCAAUCAUCUCACU